AAUGAGAUUUUUCAGUAGUUAUCAGUUUUGCCUUACAUCGUAGUUUGUUCAAGUAAUUUUGUUUAUUAUUUUCAUUAUUUACUUGAAUUUUUAAGUUAAAACUAUUAAAAUGGUUGACGCUUAUGUACCACCACUAAUAAUUACAUGUAUAUGGGCAUUCAUAGGUAUAAUUUGUCCAUUUUUUGCUCGAGGACCAAACAAAGGUGUAACUCAAUGUUGUUUAAUGCUGACGGCAGCCACCUGUUGGCUUUUCUGGCUUUGUUGUUAUAUGACUCAAAUGCAUCCUCUUAUUGGUCCAAAACUAACUAUGAAUGAAAUAAUGAUAAUUGCUCGCGAGUGGGGCAAUGAAAUCAAAGAAGUUAUUGAUAUAACGUAUUAUUAAAGUAAAACUUUAAUAUUUACAAGUUAAUUAUUAUUAGAGAUGGUGAACUCAAGUGUAUAUGGGUUCCUGGAAUCAUAAUUGUUAUUGUUAUAUAAAGUAUUGUUCCAUUUUUGUGCCUUUUUGAAGUUAUUAUUUUACUUUUAAUAUAUAAGUUUCUUUGUAAAAUUGUAAAAUAAAAAAAAUUGUACAUUCACGAGUAUUUUAAAAGUACCAAGCAAUUGUGUUAUCACUUAUGAUAAAAGCAAUGUAAUCUGAAUAUGUAUGUCGAAAUAUAAUGACUAUAUUAUACAAA